AUGUUAGCUAAGACGUGCAAAUAUAUUCUAUACAAACAGUAUUUCAAUCGACUAAAAGUAAGAGAAAACUUUAUGUUUAUAGCUCGCAAAAGAUAUUUUAUAUAUAUGUUAAAUUGCGUAACUCAAAUAGAAAAAACCCUUUUGAGAACUGUAAUACUUCUCUAUGUCUAUGUCUUUCGAGAUGUUCUGUUAAUUAAAAGUAGACAAAUUAUGGUCGGAAGGCAGUUUACGCCUUCUGUGCUGCGCAAUCCCCAUUUUUUCUCAUAUAAGAAUCGAUACAAUUUCCUAUUUCCUGUUUUCCCCCCUCUUCCUCCUGGUUUCCUUUCGGUGGUCCUUGGUUUCCGACACGAUGCGGUUUCUAGCUAAGUUCCAAAGCCGAUGUCCAGUCUAAUAGCAGUUUUUUCUUGCGCAUGUUUUUUUUUGUCUUCUAUGUCCAGCUUCCAUUCCACUGUAGCCACGGAGAGGUCCUUCACGUUAAGUUCAUGUACCAGUGUCCAGUGUCCAGUGCCGUUUUGCUUUUAAGCACAAGUACUUUUUUAAACCCUAUGCAGUUAUCUGCUAGUGUCCAGUGUCCCGUCCCGUCUUGCUUUUUAGCACAAGUACUUUUCAAGCCUUCCGCUGCUGUUUACUAGUUUCUAGUUCUGUUUAGCUGUUAACCACCAUUCUUUUGAUGGUGCCUUCAUACCAUGUAUGGUCCACUGAGUGUGUUCAAAGUAUGCUUAUGGAGAGGUGUACCGAGAACCAGCUCAGUAUUUUACACCCUUCGCAGUUAACAGCUAGUGGUCACUGAGUACCUCGUAUUCUAUCGGUCACGAUAUAUCAAAAGGAAUAUACGUAAACAUUUUCAUGCAAAAUGUGUAUAUCAUGGUCUUUAACAGUGAGUCUCCGGGCUCUUUUCCAACUCGCUCAUUGUAGACGCCUUAUUUAUAAGGCUUGUCUUAAUAUGAGAUUCUGGUUUUUUUAUUGAACGCACUGCACUCUUUGGCGUCUAGUCAUUGAGUUCGCUCAAGGUACCAUGGCCUAAAAUUGGUCCGUACUUUGAGCGAUU